GCUCGCUUUGGAGAAAUCACCAAAGAAGUGGGUGGCUGCAUCAAAAAGAUCGGCUACAACCCCGCCACCGUUGCGUUUGUGCCGGUCUCAGGCUGGCAUGGUGACAACAUGGUAGAACGGUCCACCAACAUGGGCUGGUACAAGGGGUGGUCCUUCGAGCGCACGUCCGGUAAAGCCUCGGGCUAUACGCUGAAGGAUGCUCUGGACGCCAUCGAACCUCCGACCAGGCCUACAGGCAAACCUCUCCGCAUUCCCCUGCAGGAUGUGUACAAGAUCGGCGGUUGUGAUCUUCCAACCUGUGCUUGGAGAGCACAGACCGUUCACGUCAAGCCGCCGCCGAACGCACCCUCAUCCUCCGAGGCAACCGAUGUCUACAUCCCCGGUGCUGAGACAUCUGUUCCCAGUCCCGGUAGAGCUGUGGGCAGGGGCCAGAAAGUGAGCCUGCGCAGUGUGCCUG